UUUUACAGAGACGCGUGCAGCCCACUUUAGCAUAUACCUCAGCACUGCACUGCAUUGAACUUGGUAUAGACAUCUCCUUCCUAUGUACGCUUUGUCCUUCUCUCCUGUCUCUUUGAAACUCCAUAAAUCAAAAAUCAAAACCCACAGAUCAAAAUUCUCUCAAAGAGAAACUUUUCUCAUUCUUUUGAGUUUUAAAUAAUACCCAUUGAAGGAAAAAAUCGUGGAGAUUGCUGGAUGCUCUUCUGGUUUCAGUUCCUCCUCUAAUGAUGUCUGGGCUAAACUUGAUCACAGUAAGGUGUGUUGGACAGAUAGGAAGAACAUUGCGGGAUGUUAUCUCGGAUUGGAUUGGGAAAUUAAACAACAGAGAAAUUGGUCGAACUAGGAUGCCAUUGAAUCUUGCUGAGAUGAUAACUGUUGGAACACAUGUUUGCAAAAACUAUACUCGAUUUUUCUAUGAAGAGUGCGGUUCCAUGUAUGAUCUGGAUUUCAUGAGUGCUUUAGCCUUGAAGCAAAUUCUCGAGCAAGCCAUGGCCCAUUUUAAGGUAUGGUCCCUCCAUUCAUGAUGAAGAAAAGAUUGAAAGUGGAAUUGGAUACCCUGUCUGAAAAUGCACUAUUCUUUUUUUUUUCGUGUGUAAUUGAUGAAGUUGGUUAGAACAAUGAGUGGUGUAGGUGAUAACUUUUGUGGUGUUUGUUUUCGAAGAAACUGUGUUUUGUGAUUUUUU